UUAUUAUGUUGUGUGGCCCUAGACCGGUCACACGUGUUUUCUCGUUGUAUAACGCAACGUACAUAUACGAUCAGUGUCGACUUGUUACGCGGUAAAGCAACAUGGGCCCUUUCGCAGUAAUAUUUCUUGCUGGAAUUUAUUCGACUCUAGCCAUCGAGGCGCCGCGGAAGGAGUUAAAUGAUGGCAACAUGAUGCCCGUCGUCGCUUUGGGUACAGGCAGAGGCACAGCACAGGGGGUUGAUAUAGAGGAAGUGCGCCAUGCUGUAUUCUGGGCUAUUGAGGCUGGGUACCGCCAUAUAGAUACUGCUGCUAUCUACAAUGACGAACUGCAGGUUGGGCAGGGCAUUGCGGAUGCCGUAUCCCAGGGUCUGGUGAAGAGGGAAGACCUGUUUGUUACUACUAAGCUAUGGAAUGACAAACAUCGUCGUGAGCAGGUCGUGCCAGAGUUAAGAGAAUCUCUCAAGAAACUCGGAUUGAGCUAUGUGGAUCUAUAUCUGAUACACUUUCCUAUUGCUACCAAAGUCGAUGGAUCCCCCGAUGACGUGGACUACCUAGAGACCUGGAAGGGCAUGGAGGACGCGAAAGAGUUGGGUCUGGCCAAGUCCAUAGGAGUGUCCAACUUUAAUGCCACGCAGAUUGAUAGACUGAUUGCUAAUAGCAAAGUGAAACCUGCUGUCAACCAAGUUGAGGUGAACCCAACAUUGACUCAAGAGCCCUUAGUAUCGCACUGUCAAAAGCUAGGCGUGGCUGUGAUGGCGUAUAGUCCCUUUGGUUUCCUGGUGACGAGGAAGCGUGAUGAUGUGCCACCUCCGAGGUAUGAUGACCCUGCCCUAGUCAAGAUCGGGGAGAAGUACGGGAAGACCACCGGACAAGUUGUGCUGCGAUACUUGGUGGACAGAGGUCUCAUUCCAAUUCCAAAAUCAGCCAACAAGGAGCGCAUUGCACAAAACAUCAAUUUAUUUGACUUCAAACUGACGGAAGAAGAGAUUGCAACUAUUAGCGCCUUCAAUAAAAACAUACGUGUGAUCGAUCCCAAGUCGUGGAAGGAUUAUCCUAAUUACCCAUUUGAAAGGGACUGAAGGGAUCAAAAUCCUC